CCAGACCUGAAAGACAGCCCCAUGGAAAACGGGGAAACUUGGUUCACAGACGGAAGCAGUUAUGUCCUAAAUGGUAAUCGACAUGCGGGAUACGCCAUCACCACCAGCCAAGAGGUAAUAGAAUCAGGGGCUUUGCCCAUGAACACCUCCGCACAGAAGGCAGAAAUAAUUGCUCUAACCCGCGCCCUGGAAUUGGCCCAGGGCAAAGUUGUGAACAUUUAUACAGACUCAAAAUAUGCCUUUGGAGUUGUACACGCACACGGAGCAAUUUGGAAGGAGAGAGGACUAUUGAAUUCCCAGGGGAAAAAUAUCAAACACGCAGAAGAAAUUCUGAAGUUACUGGAAGCUGUCCAGCUCCCUAAGAAAGUAGCAAUUAUGCAUAUUAAGGCACACCAGAAAGUGAGCUCAGAUUUGGAAAGAGGGAAUGAGCUGGCGGACAGAGAGGCAAAACAAGUGGCCAAAACAAAGGUAAAAACAGAAGGGGCCUUAAUUCCUGAUAGGCAGAUUUCCCUAGAAGGUAAGCCAGAAUACACCAAGGAAGACCCACGGGAGGAGCGGUCCCGGCGCAGCCAGGAAGAGCAGGGGCGAGAGUCGGCCCCGCAGCAGGGAGUGGGGACGGGCAUGGGCGCCCUACCUGGGAUGGCCAGGUUGGUGAGCGGGGUGCGGUGGAUGCUGCUGGGCAGAGCUGCCAUCCAGUCGGCGAACCACAACUCGUUCUUCCCUUGCGACGAAGCCAUGCCACCACCGGUCCUGAGACCUCUCAGGGCUGCUACCGGUGCCGCCCUGUCCCCUCUCAGCGGUACGCUGGUGGGGCUGGACGGCAUCAACGUGUUUGGGAGGGCGAACCUGCCCUAA